AUGCCUGGGCCGCGUCUGGCUCCACCCACUCUCCCAGGACCGCGGCCGGCGGCCGAGGGGCGGGGCGCGCCGGGAGGAGCCGCACUCGCGAGCGGGAGGGGGAUCCGCUGAGGAGUUACGGGAAAGUUGGUCCGAGUUCCUGGAGUUUCCCCUGUGUUUCCCGGGGCUCGGCCGGCCGGUGCCCCGGCUCCUCGCCUCCCUCCGUCCUUCACCGCCCACCAGAUCCCUCCUUCUUCCCCCGCCGCCAUGGAGCAGCCGCCAGCGCCCAAGAGGCCCGUCGGGAGUCGGAGGCACGUCCGAGUGCCGGGCCGCGUCUGUCCACACGCCGACGGGGCCCGAGGGGAGGCCGAGCCUCGCCUCUCCCGCGGCCGCGGGGCCUGGCGGCGUGGAAAGUCGCUGGGCAGCGCCGGGCUCCCCGUGGCCAGACUCCUGGGCCGGGAGGAUUUUUCCUUCCCGGCUAUUUUUAUGAUUCCCACAAAUCCACCACCAACAUUCAGGAAGCCAGAACUUUGGUCUGAUGAUUUCACCGAUUUUGUUAAAAAGUGCCUCGUGAAGAAUCCUGAGCAGAGAGCUACUGCCACACAACUGUUACAGCACCCUUUUAUCAAGAAUGCAAAGCCUGUAUCAAUUUUAAGAGACCUGAUCACAGAAGCUAUGGAGAUCAAAGCUAAAAGACAUGAAGAGCAACAGCGAGAACUGGAAGAGGAAGAAGAAAAUUCGGAUGAAGAUGAGCUGGACUCCCACACCAUGGUGAAGACUAGUUCAGAAAGUGUGGGCACGAUGAAGGCCACGAGCACGAUGAGUGAAGGGGCCCAGACCAUGAUUGAACAUAACAGCACCAUGUUAGAAUCUGACCUGGGGACCAUGGUUAUAAACAGUGAAGACGAAGAAGAAGAAGAUGGGACUAUGAAAAGAAACGCAACUUCACCACAAGUACAAAGACCGUCUUUUAUGGACUACUUUGAUAAACAGGACUUCAAGAAUAAAAGUCAUGAAAACUGUAAUCAGAACAUGCAUGAACCCUUUCCUAUGUCCAAAAAUGUUUUUCCUGACAACUGGAAAGUUCCUCAGGAUGGAGACUUUGACUUUUUAAAAAAUCUAAGUCUAGAAGAACUACAGAUGCGGUUAAAAGCACUGGACCCCAUGAUGGAACGAGAAAUAGAAGAGCUUCGUCAACGAUACACGGCGAAAAGACAACCCAUUCUGGAUGCAAUGGAUGCGAAGAAAAGAAGGCAGCAAAACUUUUGAGUCUGAUUUCUUCCCUGUUUGUUUCUAUAACUAUUCUGGAGACCAAGAAACCACUAAGAAUUGAAGGAA